AUGUGUUUGAUUGAGGAAAAACAAUUUAUAAAAUCAAGUUUUCAUCCAACAUUGAACUUCGACUUGAGAUUAUUCGUUGAACAUCUAAAUGCAAUCAGAAGUUCGGAAGAUCAAGCUGGUGGUCUUGAGAUUCUGAAGAUCUUGCUGACAUUGAGAUGCAAAAAAGAUCUGACUGAAGUUCUAUCGGUGAUUCCAUCACUGAUAUUCAGAAGGUCAGACUGAAGAAUAUCUGGAAUCCGACGCUUUCUGAGGCCUAUAAAAGCCUUCUGAAGGCUCUAGAUUAAGUUAAUGUGUUCCCUGAACAUCUAAAUGCAAGCAGAUGUUCGGAAGAUCAAGCUGAUGGGCUUGUUUGAAUGUGAGAUUCUAAAGAUCUUGAAAUGCGAACAUUGAGAUGCCGAAGGUCUGACUGAAGUUUUAUGGUUGAUUCCAUCACUGAAGUUCAGAAGGUUAAAUUGAAGAAAAUCUGGAAUCCGACGCUUUCCGAAGCCUCUGAAAGCCUUCUGAAGGCUUCUGAAGCGUUCUGUUUUUUUAUCACGCAAAAUAUCCAUUACCAAAAAUCAGAUUCAAUUGGAUUUUUGGUGACACUGUUUUCCCAUCAUAAAAAACGUAAAAACAAAGAUUCUGACAGAAAUCUCCUCAAAUUUUUGAUAAAAUUUUUUUUCAAAAAAAAAAAUCAUAAGAGGGGACCUUUUGUCAAAAAAAUUAUUUUUUGAAUAAUGACUUUUUUAUCAAUUCCACGUUAUUUGUCACACUUUAAAACCUCAAAUACAAAUUUUCAGGAAAAAUUAUUCAUUUUGAAGCGGUUUAUAAUGUUUUAAAGUGAAAAAACGUGAAAAAAAAGUUUGAGACGUGAAAAAGUUUGACGUAUUUUACACCAAAAAGACCGUCUGAUUUUUCUCAAGCAUGUGUGAUAUUUUUCAGUUCACGUAAAAUUUUUUUGAAGAAAUUUCGAUUUAUUACGUCAAAUAAUAGGUGAACGUGACGUGAGAAAAAAGUUUGUGUUCACAAAUUUUUUUCCAAACAUCUUAUCUAUCUGAUCCAAUAUCAAUCAUCGAAAAAUAUUGAUUUUUAGAGGAGUUUUGAUUUUCCACGUGUAAAAAGUACGUGAAAACAAACUUUUGACGUGAAACUAAUGCUUCCAAAAAACUUGUCAUACUCGAUAACCUAUAUGUCCAUAUAAUAUUCCCUCAACUCUUAUUACAACUAAAUAUUUUUGAAUUAUUAUGGUAACGGGUCCCGACACGAAAAUGUGUCGCCCAUUUUUUUUUGUUAAGACGAUGUCAUCGUUCCUCGAAAAACGUCAUCUAGGUCAAAUUUUGCUCAUUUUCUGCUCCGUGCGUCUCAGUUUCGAGUGAGUUUUCUUUCACUUCUAGUCAUCUAUAGCUAUCAAAAAAUAUACAUUUCGCUUCAUUUUUUCAUGCUCUUUCCGAUUUUCGCACUUUCCGCGCGUCUAACACUUUCUAAAAAGCUGAAAAUCGCGUUUAAAGUUAGGAAUUUGAAAUUUAUCGUUUUAGACUGAAAAUUCAUAAUUUCAGAUAUGCUCACUUUGCAACAAUCGGCACAAUUGCUUGUUAUGAAAUUAUUCUUGCAACAAUGUCAAGCGAAAAUGGAUAUGGUAAUGUAAUGGAGAGAGUUAGAAGAAGUAAUGAUGAGUUUGUGAAUUUUAUGAUGAUUAUGAAUGUGAGAAACGAUGCUGAUUUUGUCCGCUUCUGCGGAUAUUAUAAUAUUAUAAUGUCAGGAGUUCAAGAAUCGAACCCGAACUGGAUCAUUCCAAUUCUUACUCGCUGGAAUCAAUUUGAUGGAAAUAGUCUUCCUUGA